AUGUCGAAACCAGCAACAGCAGCAACCGGUUCCUCCUCAACACCUGGCAUCGAGCGUCUCUCUCUCGGUUCGGCAUCCAGCCCCUCUAGCUCACGUCCAUCUCAUGCGCUGCCCAAUCUCUCGAUACCAGCCAAUGCAGGUGCUUCAGGGAGUGGAGAUGGCACACCUUCCGGCUCUUCAGCAUCUCUCAUCACACCUGAUCUCCUUGAUCUAGCCACUCCGGCGCCACACUACAUAGAUAGCCAAGCGCUCCACUCGCUUGCAACAGAGAUGGUGCACACCCUCAUCCAAAGCUCACGCUUCGUCUCUCGCAAACAAUCGCUUGCCCGCGAAAAUCUCCGUCUAGCAGGUAUCAAUAUCCCACCGCCCACCCGACCAGUGUCCAUAGCCACCACUACCGGCCCCAACACGACCGCUUCCACUUCGUCUUCUGCACACAACCAAGUAGUCCGCUCAGUCUCCUGCAUAGACGACUCUGAAACGCUCACCGAAGUCGAGACUCUCCUUACAACCAGACUCGAGUCCAUCGGCUAUCACGUCGGUUACCACCUCACGCAGACCCUCGCACGUGAUAGAGCUAGAUUUACCGACACACUCGAUGUGCUCAAGUUCAUCUGUAAAGAAGUUUGGACGGCAGUUUGGGGGAAACAAGUCGACAAUCUCCGAACCAAUCACCGAGGAGUUUAUGUCUUGCAUGAUAACCAGUUUCAGCCUUUGAGGUAUGCUUCAACUGCACAGGGACCAGCGGUGACGGCGAAGGAAGCAAGAGUAUUCUUGAGCUACAGCGUGGGGAUUGUGAAAGGUGCAUUGUCACAGUUGGAUGUAACGAGUGUGGUAGUGGCAGAGACGAAUCAGGCUCCUGGCUGUACUUUUCACGUCAAGACUCAGCAGAAGCCGGCGACGACAGCGGCAGGGCAGGCUAUCGCGGGGACGAACCAGGCGGCAGCGGGGUCAGCACCCGCGUCCUCAGCGGCUGCGAACUAG